GAAGCGUGACUAUGAAGGGUUUCUGUGUUCUCUGCUGUUGCCUGCGGAAUCUCGAACCUCUGCUUUCGCCUUGAGAGCCUUCAAUGUGGAACUGGCUCAGAUUAAAGACUCCAUAACUCAGAAGACUACGGGUCUGAUGCGGAUGCAGUUCUGGAGGGAUGCUGUGGAGGACAUAUACGGCGAUAACCCACCACAUCAGCCCAUUGCUACAGAGCUGUGGAGGGCUGUCAAGAGGCAUAACUUGACUAAAAUGUGGUUCAUGAAGAUCAUAGAUGAAAGAGAGAAGAAUUUGGAUGAUAGGGCGUACCGUAACAUCCAGGAGCUCGAAACAUACGCUGAGAACACUCAGAGUGCUCUCUUGUACCUCACCUUGGAAACGCUGGGUGUGAGGGACAUCCAUGCUGACCAUGCAGCCAGUCACAUUGGGAAAGCACAAGGCAUAGUUACCUGUUUAAGAGCAACUCCGUAUCACUGUACAAGACAAAAGGUCUUUCUUCCCAUGGACGUUUGUAUGUUGCAUGGAGUUUCACAAGAGGAUUUCAUAAGAGGCAAGCAAGAGAAAAAUGUGAGAGAUGUAAUUUAUGACAUCGCCAGCCAGGCUCAUAUUCAUCUAGAACAUGCUAGAUCUUUCAGUAAGAAAGUUCCCGUGAAGGCGUAUCCUGCUUUUUUCUGUACGGUUGCUUUAGAUGAUUAUUUAUAUAACAUGCGAAAAGUGGACUUCAAUGUAUUUCAUCCAAGCUUGCAAAAGAAGAGUACAUUAUUACCAUUGUAUUUGUAUAUUAGAUCUUGGAAAAAAACAUAUUAAAGUUUGUUUGGUUAUUUUAAUAUG